AUUAACACGCAUUCAAUAAUAUCCGGUGAACUUGGGGGCAGGCCUGGCAGUUUCUGUGAAAUCAAGUGAACUAAUUCAACAUGAUGGAGGUGUACCCAGUGCCUGUGUUCAGUCCACCAGAUCUGUGUGAUGGGGAGCGGAGAUGUCGAGACAUGUGGAUGGAGUUUGUGUAUAUUGUGGUGAUUCCUGCAGGCGUUGUAUUGUUGUUGGCCAUGGUUCUCAGUAUGGUCCUCUGCUGUAGUUGUACAAGGAGGAGGAAGAAGUCUGAAAGUCAGGAAGAUAUUAGUUUGGAUAAAUACAACUCCAUCAGAAGAGCAUCACAAGGCCUUCGGGAACUCUCUAGGAAAAGAGAUACAUUACUGCUAUCUAGCCGCAGUGGUUCGAUGACCCUUGACCGUGAGCACCGCUACCGUAGAGGCAUGCAUGGGCGAGACACCUGUCAAUCUGCCCCAGGAACACUACAGAGGGAUCGGAGGCGUGACAGACGGCAAGCUCGUAGUGCCUCACCUCCCCCCUACCAACUCCCUCCGCAGUACUCUGUAAACAAUGGGGAGGCCCUGGACAGGUCGUCCACAACACCCCACAGCCACACAACCUCGGAGAACGAUGCUCUCAUAUCACAACAGUUUGCCUGAGACCAAUAUUUUACUCAUGAUCCAUGUAGUAUAGGAAGCUGGCCCUAGAAUUAUAUGGCUGUAGAAGAAACGGAGUGUUAUUUAUGAAUUUUAAAACACAACUUUUAGUAAGAUUUUUACAAAUAAUAUCUAUUGUAUUUGUUAUUUAAUAAGAAUAAUGUUCUAAUGUAUUAACAUGUAGUGUUCACCAAUACAAAAGGCUAGCCUAUAGAUUUGUUACCGGUACACGUCACUCGGGGUACAGAGUCUUAAGUAUUUUCAUAAUGGUGUGUGCAGUUUGAAUAUUGUUUAUAUCGACUUGAAAAUAGAAAUAUCACUUUUAGACUAUAGAAAUUAUACACCUUUUUGUUGUAUUUUUAUAUGUAUGAUAAUGAGUAUUCUAUUUAGGUAUUCAAUGGAACUUGUAGUCUGUUGGGACAACAAAUGUUCAUUUACAACAAAUUUAUCUAAGCUUGACAAAUCAGAUGUUAGGUUAAACUUUUUUGUGAAUUUUUUUUGGGGGGAAAAUGCCAAUCCACUUUUAUAUUGAUAAAAUAUAGGCUCCGUCCAUUGUGGUAAAACAUGGUAGGAUAUUGUACAAUCGUAAUUUGGGAUGAUAUUUUACAAUUUUAAUAUGGUGUUAUAAUAUUGGUAUACCAGUACAGUAUUUUAACAUUGUUCUAUGGUUUGACGUGAUUUUUAAGCUGUUCCUCAAAUUUUUAUUAGGAUUUGAGAAUUUAGACAUAUGGUAUUAUUAUAGAUUGAAAUCAGAUAAUAUAUUGUGUACAAAUUACAAACUGUUAUUGUUUCACUGGUGCUACAUUGAGUCUGGUGUUUUUAUGUUUUGUAUUUAGAAGUAGAUGGAUGUGCAUAUUAUUUAUGAAUUUACAUGAAUAGCUUUAAAGAGCGAUGAAAAAUUUAAGGAUGAAAUGUUUUGACAUUUUUUUGAAAGAUUGUAUGAUUUGAUGUAGUCUACAAAUAUCCAAACUCUUGUUAUCAACAAGUUGAUAACACUAUCUUUUUAACAAAAAAAAAAAUAUGUUAAUAUUUUGUCUCUUCAUCAAAAACAGCUGAAAUUGUGUUACUUAUAUUCUGGGACAGUAAUUAAUAUUGAUAUUUGGUAAAUGACUGUACAUGUAGUACAAUAUUAAAUUCAUUUGAUUUUGAAUUAAGAUCAAUAAUGUAUAAAGUACCACACCCUUUGUGCCUUUUUCUUUGUGUAGGUUAUUGAUGAGUAAGUUUAUUAUUGUACUCAGAACCAUGUUAUGUUUGUGCCAAAGAUUUUAAUACCAGUCAUUUAUAUACUAUGAGAUGGCCAUUCUUCUCAACCAGAUAUUUGAUUUGAACAAAUUUGAUUUCAUAUGUCCAUUAUAGAAACUUGCUACACAAUGAUUUACAUGUGGGUAGGGUUCAUACCUGCCUUAAUAUCACAGAAUGUAUAGUUCUUAUUGGAGUAAAAUACAUAGUUGACAGUGCAACAAUUAUUACUCAGCUUGAACAAAGUCACUCAUUAGUUUACUUAAAUUGUUUAAGAUUUAGUUCUGUUCAGUCAAAAAUUAUUGGAGUAAGUAUCAAAAUUGUGGAAUUCUGAUAAAUGAAAGUUGCUCUGUCCAGACAGGCAUUGUCACAGGCACUUUCAUGGAAAAUAGAAAUAAAAAAACCCAUUCUUAUGGGUCUACAGUUACAUUUAUCCAGACCCUAAUUUACUCUGAUAGAAUUAUAUGUUGGAUAAUAAAUUAAGGUCCUUAUUGAUAAUGUUAAUGCACUUACAAUAGAGAAGAUCAGUAGAAAUCUCCAUUGCAAUAUAAAUUGGUCAAGGAUUUGAUAUUAUAAUGUCCCAGCUAUAGACACGCCCUUAGAUUUCAAAUUCAAUGUUUAUAUUAUGUUUUGAGUGCAAUACAUCUCAUGUUUGGUUUGCUGAGAGUUGCUGAAACAGAUUUUCAACUUUCAGAAUGUAAACGUACAUAUUUAGAAAAUGUAUUAAAUGUUUUUGAGCUGUAAAGUAUCCUGUGUAUGUAGAACUAUUUGUGCCUUAACUCAUUCAUAUAUACAUGUAUUUGUAAACAGUCAUAUUUAUUAAUAAAAAUUCUGCAUGAAAUA